CACCUCCGCUUCACAUCUCGUAUCAUACCUCCCACAAGACACAUCACCAUACGUUGGAUAUCAUGGUUCUCUUCGCUCCUCAAACUUUCAGAGCAUCUCGCUCGUCGCUAAGAGAGGCAAUGUCAACUUCUCUGGGCGCCUCAGCACCCUCGACAAGCAGCGCCACUCGUUUUGCACUUGCCCCUUCCGCCUCCUCUUCUUCCGUUGCUCGCCGAUCUUCCCCUUUCUCAACAUCAGUGCGAUGUUGGUCAGCUUCGACAGACAAGGCAAAGGCUGCAGAGAAUGAGGUAGGAGGAGAGACAAUGGGCGCAAAGGCUAACAAGCCAGCCGCAGAGGGUGGCAGUGGUGCUGCCGAGCAAGACGAAGUAGCUAAGCAGCUGGCUGAGAAGGAUGCACUCAUCAAGGAGCUCAAGGACAAGGUUCUGUACGGCAAGGCAGAUCUGCAAAAUGCCCAAAGGAGAGCAACCGAGGAGAAGUCCCAAGCCUCCGACUUCGCCAUCACUAAGUUUGCUCGUGACCUCACAAACUCCUUGGACAUCAUCAACCUUGCGCUGCGAUCUGUGCCAGAGCCUUUGCGCAAGGCACCAGCUGGCGAGGUAGCAGCAGAUGACCCAAGGAAGGCUCUUGCUGAGUUCUACGAUGGCGUGGACUUGACAUCGAAGAGCAUCUUGUCUAUGCUCAAGACACACGGCGUGACACAAUUCGACCCUACGGGCGAGAAGUUCAACCCCAACGAACACGAGGCCAUGUUCCAAGCACCGAUCCCCGGCAAGGAGCCUGGCACUGUCCUGGAAUGCUCCAAGAUGGGUUUCAAGAUCAAGGAUAGGAUAUUGAGGGCUGCUCAAGUCGGAGUUGUGCAGGGCUAAGCUGGUGGUUUUGGACGGCGGAUGUGUUGAGUACUGGGGGUGAUGGAUGGGGUCCGUGUACCUGGCUGUGUGCAAGAUAGAGACUGCGACGCGAAGCAGAUCGUAGGCUAGACCAUAGGGCAAUGGCUCAGACUGGACCCAUGAAGACAGACGACAACAAUUUGACCUGUACCAACAGCAAGAAUUUGACCAAACAAGGGAUUCGGAUUCCUACACACCAUUCAAUAUUAUCAGUCGCGACAGAUGAAAUCUCUCGUCAGCUCUCUGACUGAAGGAUUCUCAUCUUGCUGCUCCCAGUGCCCAUAGUCUGUACAGUAGUGUAGUAGAUUGACCC